UAAAACCCUGCCGCUCCCCUCCUCUCGCGAAAUGGGAUCCUCCGCCAGCCAUGCCGCCGCCCCGCCGUCUCCUGCGCCCGUCGCUCCUCCUCCGACGCCCCCCGUUGGGUUCGCUCAUCUUCUUCCUCAGAAUACGAAGGAAAAUGGCGACGGCAAAGGUGCGCCAGCGAAGGUCGACUGGCUCGAUCUACCCUGCCCUGUUCCCUACGAGGAGCUCCAGCGUGAGGCUUUGAUGUCCUUGAAGCCAGAGCUCUUUGAAGGAUUGCGUUUUGAUUUUAUGAAAAUGCUAAACCAGAGAUUUGCUCUCAGUCACAGUGUUAUCAUGGGAUCCACGGAGGUUCCUUCGCAGUCAUCUGAUGUUAUUAAAGUUCCUUCCGCACACUAUGAAUUUGGUGCAAAUUUUCUGGAUCCAAAGUUAAUGCUUAUUGGAAGGGUAUUGACUGAUGGAAGGAUGAAUGCACGCGUCAGAUGUGAUCUAACUGAUAAUCUCGCUUUGAAGAUACAUGCUCAGCUGACAAAUGAACCACAUUUUUCCCAAGGAAUGUUUCAAUUUGAUUACAAGGGAAAGGAUUACAGGUCUCUGUUCCAACUAGGAAACAAUGCCUUCUAUGGUGCCAAUUAUAUUCAGAGUGUCUCACCUAAUCUGUCCCUCGGGGGUGAAAUCUUUUGGAUUGGUCACCAAAGGAAGUCUGGUAUUGGUUUUGCUGCUCGAUAUAACACAGAUAAGAUGGUUGCGACGGCACAAGUUGCCACCACUGGAAUUGUUGGACUAAGUUAUGUUCAAAAAAUUUCUGAGAAGGUUAGUCUUGCAUCUGAUUUCAUGUACAAUCAGAUGUCAAGGGAUGUUACUUCAACAUUCGGUUAUGAUUACAUCCUUCGUCAGUGCCGUUUACGGGGGAAAAUUGAUACCAACGGUGUCGUGAGUGCCCUUCUAGAGGAGCGGCUUAACAUGGGGGUUACUUUGCUUCUUUCCGCCGAGAUUGAUCACGCGAAGAAAGAUAACAAAUUUGGAUUUGGCUUGACCGUCGGAGAGUGAGCUACUCGGAGAACAUGUAGCCUGGUUCUUCUUCCGCCUGGUUGUUGGAUUUGGUGGCAGGUUUUAGGGUUUUCCCAUGCAGGCUUUAUAUAUGCCAAUCCAUGGAAUGGAACAGCUAAGCCUGAUAGGAAGAAGAGGUCCUCUUCUAUUUUCCAUUUUUUAUCUUCUCCUUUUUCAUGAGUCGAUUAACAGCAGAUCACUGAGGGAUUCAGUUGCCAUUACAUAAUGGCUCAUUAGUCGGCCAUGAUGUUUUUGUUCAUCAUUGGUGGAACCAGCCUAAGAUUUAUCCUUUUAGUCCAUGAAAAUGUGUUAAUGAGCCUCACUUCUCCCUUAAAUAAUGACACGAAAGCAAGAGGGAACAGGGCAAAAUACAAAGAGCUUGAUGAGUGAAACCUUCUAACCUAUUUUGCUUAA